AUGCUGCGCCUGAGGGACAGCGGUGACUGUGCAGAUAUAAAAAUUGUGGUGGAGUAUUAUGAUUUAGACAGCCCACCAUUUCCUUUGACUGAUCUGUUUCUGCCGUCAAAUUUGGAUCGCAUGCCUGUACUGGAAGCGUCCUUUUUUUCAUUGCUAGUCUCUCUGUUCCAGAGCUGCCAGGCUGGCGUAACUCAAUGGAUAGCAGUGUGCAGUGGACUGUUACAGACAACUGCGGUCCAAGGCCAGUGUAGACGAAUGCUCCAUGAUAUUUUCCAGAGACGCAAGGUUGGCCAGUUCCGACAGGCGAAAUCCUGUGGUGGAUUGAUUCAAGCCAAUGGAGCCGUUCCACAGCAAAACAGAUCAUUUUACAAUACAAAUAAGCAUCUUUCUGCAAAAGAUUCGUUGCAGCCAUCUGAAGAGAAAGUGGGUACUUUCACAAGGAUAAUAGAAGCAAUGGGUUUCACAGGACCACUGAAGUAUAGCAGAUGGAAAAUUAAGGUAGCAGCUUUGCGCAUGUACACAUGCUGCGUGGAGAAAACUGACUACGAGGAGUUUUUUAACAGGUGCCAAAUGCCUGAUACUUUGAAUUCGUGGUUUCUAGUAGCCCAGCUUCAUGUCUGGAUGUGUCUGGUACGAAUGAAGCAGGAGGGUCGCACAGGAAAAUACAUGUGUCGCUAUAUAGUUCACUGCAUGUGGGAGGAUGUUGAACAGCGUGGUAAGGUGAUGGGGAUUAAUUCUGUUGUUCUAAAGGAAGAUAUGAGAAGUAUGGUAGAAAAUUUCUAUGCAGCUCUCUUUGGAUAUGAUGAGGGAAUCUUGUCUGAUGAUCAUGUUCUGGCAGCAGCUCUUUGGAGAAACCUUUUUAACAGGAACUGUGAGGACCCUCGGCAUCUGGAGCUACUCGUAGAAUACGUGCGCAAACAGGUACGCUACAGCUCAUAA